AUGUCUACUUCACCCCAACUCACGAACCCUUGGGCCCGUACAAGCUCGGUCGAUGCCUUUCGCAAAUGCUGGACUACGCAAUUGCUCAACCUCCGAUUCCUUGAGAACGAGAUCGCCGACAUGGACCACACCAUCUACCAAGCUGGUCUUAGCCUUGGUCUGAGCCCUUCACCAGGCGACCGACUUGGCCUGCAGUACAGCAAGAGGGACGCCGAUGUCCCAAAGGUUAAUGAUUGUGUGCUAGCAGCUCUACUCCGACGCCUUACGCUAACAGGUGCCGCCCACACAGACGAAGCGCUUGCUGCCUUUAACAACAUCAUGACUAUGGAGACCUUUUCACUUCUCGACGACGAGCAACACGCUAGUCUGCGGGACGAUCUUAGCCUAGACGAAGCACAUAAGACCAGGCUACUUAGGGUGGACCUAGGGACACGAUCGCGGACCGACCCGUUCCAGCGUUGGCUCCACAAGUACUUGCGGGCCUUCCGGUACUGGAGGCUGUCGCGAAAGGCUAGAAGCAACAGCGAAGGCCUUGGCUCGGUCUCUGGCAGACAGCAGCGGUGGUCGUACCAGAACACGAUACUGAUAGCCGAGGUCAUCGGACGUGUGACGACUGCAGCGUUAACGGCUGUCUUUAUUAUUGCACCGCUAGCUAUCAUGUCGCACGAGUCGUCAAAAAACAUCCAGCUGAUAGUUGUUUCGGUAUGCAUUAUUAUCUUGUCUUUCCUUGUGUCGCUCUCCCUGAAGGUGUCGAGCUUCGAGAUGAUGGCGGUAUCUGCUGGGUACGCUGCUGUUCUCUCGGUGUUUGUUUCAAAUGUCCCUGCAAGCGCGGAGCGAUGA